AUGAUCCAAAUGAAGCGUGUCACCGUCCCGAAAAUGCACAGUACAAGUCAAGCAGUGAUCAGGCCUCUUACCAAGUACGCGCAUGCACAGCUAUUCUAUGAGGUGUCAACUGACUAUGUACAGUCUACAUACCGUUCAAAUGUUGAGCGAGAUGUAGCCUAUUCGCAAGGCGCACCUGUCCCUUACCAUCCGCAACAACAGCAGUCUGACCACCCAGGUGCGUCUGGAAACCAGUACACACCAUCAAAGCCGCACGCUCCUCCCAUGAGAUCCGCCUACAACCCACAACACCCUCAUCCUCAAGAAUCGCACUCAGCCCACACGACCGCCAUGUACGCCGAGAAAAAACGACUCACACAAUCGAGACUAGAAGUCCUCGAUAACCUGGCACAGUUCAAGAGCGCUAUGGAGACAUGGGAGGAGGAAACCCCGCAAGCUGGACCCUGGAAUGGUGUUGAAAAGUUCGUCUACGAAAAGCGCAGAAAGUGA